AAUUUUCUCCACACUCUCAGCAGUUGGAUGCCAACCGCGGUCGAGUCCGUCAGCAAUAUCCAAUCUAUUGGAUCGCGUCGCGCUCUACAUCAUCUAUAGAAACAGAUACAGACAUUCUUAUAUGUAAUUGCAGUUGUCAAAUGUAUAGAAAAUAUAGGAAAAUACAGAAUAAAUCGGUGGAAAGUGUAUUAUAAUACAAUUUGAGCAACGGCAAAAGAUAAGCAUUGAAACGAGAAUACGAAAUUGCAAACGAAAGUGAUAUAAUUACCCAGAGGCAUAUUUUCAUACGCGGAAUAUGAACGCCUCGUUGGCCCGUUAAAAAUAGAUGACCAGAGCAUGAGCACGAGCACAAAGAUAGAUCGAGAAAGUAGCACACGUUUGCGGCUGGACAUGAUGGAGCAGCCAGUGGACGCCAGACAGCAGCAGCGCCACCGCCGCCGCCUGGGUCGCAGCCACCGGGAGCCGACGCCCGUCACCGAUGUCCUGCCGCAGGACGACCUGAGUCCGGAAACCAUUAAAGAUCCCUCGCCCCAGAUGGUGCGCAUGCAAAUCAGACCGCCUGGCACUCUGUCCGCCCACGAGAGCAAGAUCCUGCGAAAGCGGGACAAGAGCUUCGCCAGCUCCUCGGCCCGCAGUCAGUCUCAGCCGCGGGAGGCGGAGAAGCUCAGUAGUCCCGAUGCCAACCAACUCAUCAAGCACCGCAGUCUGUCCUCGCCGCGCCACAAGGAGGAGUCCAGCGAGAGCGAGCUGACCACCACCGGUAGCAGUAGCCAGCAGCAGAGGCCCAUCCCCCAUCCCGGCCAGACGCAGGACACCCUCACCCGACUGGAGCAGAAUCUGCAGCGCUUCGAGGACGAGCGCCGGCGCUUCGAUGCAGAGAAACGGCUCUUUGAGCGCGAGAAGCGGGAGCACAAGAUGCGCCACCGCCAGCAGCUGGACAACGAGGAGCGGAAACGGCUCCUGCAGAGCUACCGCAAGCUCAGCGAUCGCAUCCAGCUGCCGCAGGACGAGGAGGAGCGCCGCCGUCUGAUCCACAGUCUACGGCUCCAGAGGAACGAGGCGCCCAAGGUUCGUGGUAGGAAUCGGAGCAGCGGCUACGAGGAGUCCUCCACCCAGUUCAGUUCCUCCGAUGCUGAGGCGGUGGAGGAAAUGCACCCAAGGCCACGAGCCGCCAAGAUUCCCCAGGGUUACGUGGCUGCUCCGAUUCGAGGGGCUCCUCCACCACCACCACCCUCUGCCCCAUUAAAACCACCGGAAAGACUAUCCGUGAGUCGCAACAACUCCCUGUCGCCCGUGAGACCCCAGCGACGCUCCAAGACGCCGGAACAGCGGGAGGAGAUCAGCCGGAAGCACGAGUACGUGGAGGUGGGCGAGUCCAGGGGCGAGGUGCUUAAGCCCAGGAUCACGGAGGCGGAACAGCAGUCGGAUCUGAUGCAGAAGUACAUGGAGGCAGCGGAGCGGGCGGAGAAGGCCGAGGCUGCUCUGGCGGCCCAAAAUCUUGCGGCGGAGGGAGUGCGUCGCAGCCACAGCCUGAGGUUGACUGAAAAGGAGGAGAAGCCUCCGAAGCGCAGUUCCAGCUUGGAGCGUCCGCUGAGGGCCAAACGAUCGGGCAGUCUGGAGAGGGGUGUAAAAGAUCAGGAGCCCCAAGGCACCCAAGAAACUAUUCCUGAACCCGGAGUUGAACCAGAAGCAGAUCAGGAAGAAUCCUUGGUACCAGAACAAUCCACCCCGAAAGCCGAACCCAAGCCAUCCUUCAUGCAGCGUGUAAAAAAUUUGUUCAUACGAAAGAAGGAGGUUCAAAGUGAAGACGUCGCUGACUUGUCCACAGUUAGCCAACCGGAGAAGCUGGCCUCCAGGGCCUUUCUGUACCACCUUCGGCUGGAAGCCGCUCAUGAGUGGAGGCGCCUGAAGUUGGACUACCCCCAACGGGUGGAGGAGCUGCGUCAGCUGCGCAACAAGUGCAUUGCCUACCUCAUCUGCUUGGCAAUGUUUCUGGGAUUCGGAGGACUCAUGUUCCGGUACACGGAGGGAGCCUCGGAGAAUAUAUACAAGUGCGAGGUGCGCAAGGUCAAGCGGGAUUUCAUCGACAAACUUUGGGACGUCAGCCACAACACGAGAGAGGAGGACUGGAAGUCUCUAGCGCGCCAGAAGCUGCGCAAAUUCGAGGACGAACUAAAUACGCUGGCCGAGCUGGGGCUACGGCGGUAUCCGGGCCAAAAGUCGUGGAACUUUGUCAAUUGCUUUAUCUUCUGUUGGACCGUAAUUACAACCAUAGGAUACGGCCACAUCACUCCAAAGACGGACCUGGGCCGAUCGCUGACCAUCGUCUACGCCAUCAUCGGCAUCCCCAUGUUCCUGAUCGUGCUGGCCGAUCUGGGAAAGCUCUUCACGCGCUGCGUCAAGUUCCUGUGGGCGUAUGUGCGCCGCGUGUACUACACCCGCUCCUGUCGCAGGAUACGGAAGCAGCAGCAGAUCCGCGACGCCAUGACCGGCUUCACCACCGUCUACGACAUGGCCAUCCGGCGGCCCAGCAUGUUCUUCGGCAAGUCCAGCGAGACAAACGACGAGGACUCGCAGGCGGAUGCCGAGGCGGGCCGAUCGCUGGCCACCUCGCACCCGGAGACGCCUACGUCGCCAUAUCCGGAGACCUUCGAGGUGGACGACGAGUUCAACCUGCCGGUGUCUGUGGCCUCGCUCCUGCUCAUCUCGUACAUCCUGCUGGGGACAUUCGGUUACACGCUCGUGGAGUCGGAAUGGUCCUCCCUGGACGCCUUCUACUACGUGUUCAUCUCAAUGUCCACCAUCGGCUUCGGCGACCUUGUGCCCGGCAACCCCUUCUUUGUGAUGGUCAGCAUGAUCUACCUGAUAUUCGGCCUGGCCCUGACCUCCAUGUUCAUCAACGUGGUGCAGAUCAAGCUGAGCGACCACUUCAAGCGGGCCAGUGCCAAGGUGGGCGCCACCAUCGGCAUGAACAUGGCCAGCGAGUGCGACGAUGAGGGCGGCUCGCAGGUGAAGACGCCCUCGGAGCUGGCCUCGGUGCACGGUUCGCGGCUGGACAGGAUCGAGGAGGAUGGUCACGAGGCGAACGGCACUGGCGGCUCGCCACUGCCACCGCUGACCUCCAUCCUGCGGGCCCCGCGUCCUCUGUCGCCAGAGUUCAGCGGGGAGGAUGGGGAUGUCAGUCCACCACCCCUGUUGCCUAGACGUCAGGUGUCCGUGGAGCCCCAGCCGCCGGCGGAGGGGGAGAACAAGAAGAAGAAAAAACACCGAUUCUUCUAGAAAUCUCAGAGAUUUAUUUUCGGCGGGAGCCACUCAAAAAAAAAACCUGACAACUUUAACUGCUAAGGAACCUCAUAAAUGACAAGGCAAUUUCAAUCGAAUUUACCAGAACGCUGUUCUGAAAAGAGAUAUAUUUUCAUCUAAUUUGUUAUUUAAUUUUACUGAUCACUAUCGUAGGCUAAGACUAAUGUUAAUGAAAUAAACAUCUUGACGGCGGCAAACCCGAAAUGAAAAAAAGGUGCUUUUAAUAUUCUAU